AUGUUCGGGGAUUGGAUUAGGGCACAGGACAAUCCUUCUUCGGCCGCAAGCCAACAUAAUUUCAGUGGUUCUGAAUCACCUAAAUCCCAAGGUACUAACAGUCAUAAACCUUCCACAAAAACGAGUACCCAUCCUAAUACUUCACAGCACCCUCUGACAACACUUAACCAAGAUAUCCCAGAAAUUCAACAAAAUACCAAAUCCCUCUCACCCUACAGCAAAAAUUUGGAGACAACACCUCUGCUAAAAAAUCCUCAAAGCUCAUCUCAGGAAAUAGUCCCAAUCCAGAUGGAAACUGAAGAACCAAUCCCUCAACCACAAAUUCAUAAACCAAUCUUACCUGACACAACCCAAGCCAAUAUCACAAUGCCUAAGCCCUCUGAGUACCUUCCAUUCUGUUCUUUUGAUCCUGUUCAAUCUGUCACCCCGGCUAAGAAAGGAUGGAAAAGGCAGGUGCAGAACAAGAAAAUUGAAACUCCUAGCAUUACAAUUAUCAAGCAAAUUAUUAAGCUCAAUUUCUGUGUUCAAGUUGAAUUUUGGGAUUCUGAUAAAAAUUGUUGGGUUUGGGGCAUUUUUGUGUAUCUAAGUACUGAUCUCAGAGUGAGGAGGAUUCAGUGGGAGUGUGUGGAA